AUGACACUUCCUCGCUUAUGAAAUAUGUUUCUAUUGUCCCACUGGUUCCAUUUGUUCACAUCAGGCUAGUUCAUCAUUAUUCCACCCUGCACUGAAGCGCUGAAGUCGAUUAUUCUCUCGUAAACCAACCUAAAACAUAUGUUUCUGUUACCAAACACGACGCUAUUGCUGCCUGAUGACUGAGAUUAUUUGAAAUCCUAAUUUUUGAAGAUGGCUAUACCUGUCGACAGUAAUGAGUGGCAAACAAUCCUCUUCGAUGGAGAUUUAUCUGAUAACGAGCUACUUGAGGGCGAUUCUGAUGAUGAACGAAUUGAAGAACUACUACAAACCGAACGAAUUGAAGAACUAUUACAAGCCCCAGAUGAACAACCGCCUGACGAAUUGGAGGGCAUUGUCUUCGAAAAUCCCAAUGAUUCGGUGGAGGUAUGUGAUAAUUCAACACACAAUUCUCAAAGCAGACCUUCAGCAAGAAGAGACAAAUUGGUUUGGCAUUCUGUAGAUAGGCCUAAUGUAAAUAGUGAGUGUGUUGUCAACCACUGUGAUCCUCCUCCAGAGUUGACUCAGUUUCAAUAUUUCAAGAAAUUCUUCUCUGAUGACAUAAUUGAAAUGUUUGUUACCGAGACAAACCGCUACUCAGUUCAAAAAUCUGGGGGGGAAAAAAGCAUUAAUACAAAUAAAAAUGAAAUAGAACAAUUUUUCGGCAUACAUAUCAUGAGUGGUGUCAUAAAAGUACCAAGCUAUAGACUAUAUUGGGCUAAUGUUAGCAGGUUUUCAUCCAUAGCUGACUGUAUGCAGCGAAAUAGAUUUGAUACAUUGAGAUCAAAUCUCCACGUAGUGAACAAUGAAAAUAUGCUGCCAAAAAGUCACCCUGAUCAUGAUAGGCUGUUCAAGGUUCGUCCUUUUCUUAACAUUUUGCAGCAGAAUUUUAGAAUACUUGAACAUGAGGAGUUCAGUGCUGUUGAUGAGAUGAUGAUUCCUUUCAAAGGUAGGAGUAGCAUCAAGCAGUAUGUCAAGAAUAAGCCUCAUAAAUGGGGUAUAAAAGUAUUUUGUUUGGCAAGUCGUAGUGGCCUUCUAAUAGACUUUGAAGUGUAUAUAGGCAAGGGUACAGCUCCAUCUGAUUCAGGCUUAGGUCUAAGUGGGGAUAUUGUUAUCCGGCUUGCUCAGACAAUCCCCAAGCAUAAGAAUUACAAGUUGUCAUUUGACAAUUGGUUUGCAUCCUAUAACUUAGUUGUAGCUUUGAAAACAAUUGGGAUUUUGUCCGUAUGUACUGUGCGAACAAAUCGUAUACCAAAUUGUUCAUUCCCUUCAGACAAGGAGUUGAAAGAUAAAGGUAGAGGUUCUUUCUCAGUGAAAACUGAAAAAAAGAAGAUAUAGUUGCUGUCAAAUGGUAUGACAAUAAGAGUGUUCACUGCAUGUCAUCAUAUGUAGGCUGUGAACCAAUUGAUCAAGUGAAAAGAUGGCCUGUGAAGGAGAAAAAGUAUGUCGAAGUUGAUCGUCCUGCAAUUAUAAAAGAGUACAAUAGUUAUAUGGGUGGGAUUGAUCUACAUGACAUGCUUGUGUCUCUCUAUCGUAUUGAUAUAAAAGCAAAACGUUUCUAUUUGCGAAUUAUCUUUCAUUUUGUGGACAUUUGUGUUGUCAAUGCAUGGCUCUUGUAUAAGAGGCAUUGCUCACAAAACAAGGAGACCCCAAUCCCCCUUUUGAAGUUCAGGCUUGAAAUAGGAGAAGCUUUGUUAAGAUCUGGAAAAAUCUCUCUGACAAAACGUGGUCGACCAUCCUCUAGUAGUUUAGAAUCAGAACCACAAAGGAAAAGAGCUGUAAAUCCUGCUCCAAUAAAUGAUGUUCGAUUUGAUCAGAUUGGGCACUGGCCAGAACACAAUUCUGAAAAAAUGCGUUGCAAGUUGUGUAUAAAAAAUAAGUCCCGAAUUAGGUGUGUAAAAUGCAAGGUCGCUUUAUGUUUGAAUUUGAACAAUAACUGUUUUUUGAAAUACCACAAUAAAUAGACUUAUGAAAUGAUAAAUUUUGAAGUACAUUGAUUGAUCACAGUAUGUAUACAUAUAGGAUUAGAUUAGAUUAGGAUGGAUUGAACUGAAAAAUGAGUUGAAUUUUUUGUAUAAUAGGUUGUCAGAGUUGCUGUUCUGUAUUUAUUUGUUCCCAUUAUUUUCUCAUUUGUAAUAUAAUCAAUUUUCUUGUGUUUUUUGCAAUUAGCCAAUAGUUAGUUAGUGAUUUCAGUUAGCAGGUAUUUUUAUUUGCUUAUAUAGGAGCCAGAUAGAGUAGAGAGGAGCACCUAUUCUAGAACUUAUUUCAUUCUAUUUGAAUAAUGGACCAAGUAUUCACAUAAAACUAUGAAUAAUAAUUGAAAAAAUAUAUUAUCUGAUGUACAAUAAUUGAUUUGUAGCUAUACUGUAGUUUUAUUAUAAUACAUCAUAUUGUGAUUCCAAGCAUUGUGAAUAUGAGGCAAUAAACAUUUACUUA